AUGUGCUGGAGUUGCGCGUACAUGGAAACCCCGUCGGGGUUACUCGUUCGUCCCCCAUCGGUAGUAACGAGUAACAAGCACGCGGUUGAACGUGUUCUAAUCUUAGCCGUCGUGUUUCGCUUGUUAACAGAAAUCCUCGGGAUGGAGCUAAGAACGGCGAAACUGUUGCUCUACUCGACGCUGGUGGUGGUGGUGUGCUGGAGCCAGGAGGAUUGGACGGCGCAGUGUUCGUCGUCGUGCAAGUGCCGAUGGAUCUCCGGCAAGAAGACCGCCGAAUGCAUCAGGCAGAAUCUCACGCAGAUACCGAGCAGCCUGUCGCCGGAGAUCCAGAACUUCGACCUGACGGGGAAUCGCAUCACGCACCUGAUGCACGACUCGUUCAGCCGUGUGCACCUGGUCAACCUGCAGAAGCUGGUGCUGCGAAAGUGCGAGAUCGAGUCGAUACACACGGACGCGUUCAACGGGCUGAAGAUCGUGAUCGAGAUCGACCUGUCGGCGAACAACAUACGAACGUUGUACCCGGGCACGUUCGAGGAGACGCAACGGCUGCGGGUGUUGCUGUUGAACGAGAACAAGCUGAAGGUGCUUGAGAACGGUCUGUUCCGCGACCUGGUCUACCUGCAGAAGGUGAUGCUGUCCAACAACGAGCUCGAGCGAAUCGAGGAGAAGACGUUCCGCAACCUUCCAGGGUUGCGGCUGUUGACCUUGGACGGGAACAACCUCAGCAUGCUGAGGGUGCAGAGCUUCGAGACGUUGCCCAAGCUCGGCAGCCUGGAGCUGCACAACAAUCCGUGGAACUGCAACUGCCGCCUGAAGCGAUUCCGCGACUGGACCAUCGAACGGAAGCUGUAUACGAAGCCGACCACGUGCCAGCAGCCGGCCAUCCUCGCGGGCAAGAUGUGGGACGAGAUCGGCAGCGACGAGUUCGCUUGCAGGCCGGAGAUCUUCACGAUAGGGCCGUCGGUGAGGAUCGAGGCCGGCAAGAGCAACGUCACCUUCUGGUGCAGGGCUGCUGGGAUUCCACGACCGCAGUUGUCGUGGGUGCAUCGAUCGAAGACACUGAGCAAUCACACGAGACGUCACAACGGGGAGAACUACGUGCUGAGAUCGAGCCACGAGUGGCUGAACCUCACGAUACCGGACGUUACGCUCUCGGACAAGGGCGAUUACAUUUGCCUGGCGAAAAGUCCGGGCGGCAACACGGAGAAGAACGUGACGCUGACGAUCGCCGGCGACGCUCUAAGCGGCAAGGACAAUAUAAUCAGUUUGCCCCUGGCGCUAGGUUUAGGGGUGACGGCGUUGCUGCUGCUGGCGGUGACCGUGUCCCUUUGCGUGUGCUAUUGUCGCCGGCGGCGUACGAGGCACGACGAGAAGAGCUUAGAGGCCGCCUCGAUGGAACACCACGGCCUCGGCGAGCAGGAGAAGUCCCUCAUCACGACCAUAAAUCCCGUGGUGAAGCCGCCCAGGCGGUACGAGGCGCCUUCGGUGACGUCGCACGGCACCGAGAUGACGGAGCUGAACCGUACAUUGCUCGACAACGACUCGGUCUUCGGUCAGUACACUGCCUACAUUACUAAACAGUGCGUGGCCAGGUGCUAG